CUCUCUCUCUCUGCCUCUCUCUCUCUGUGGGACCCAAACUUGUUUCAGGAAAAAGCGCCUGAACAUAUCUUUUUUUUCUCUCUCGGGCUGAAGAAACAGGACAGCCGCCUCCGUGCCAAGGAGAAGGCGUAGACUUCCUCCAAACAUUUCCUCCGCCAUCUCCGCUUUCGAGACUCUAAAGUUUUUGUGGAAUCAGUUUUUAGAAGAAGAAGAAGAAGAAGGAGAGGAGUUUUCCCCCACCUUUUACUCCCUCAACAACACCUGGUUGUUUCUUUUUUCCUUUUUGCUUUAAAACAACAGAAGGAGAGGAAAGAGAGGAGGAGGAUUUCUCCGGCUGAAGUUGUGCAGACAUGGACUGGGGAACAGAUCUUUGGGACCAGUAUGAUCACAUUGACAAGCACACGCAGUCGGGCCUGGACCUGGUGGAGCGAUACAUAAAGUUUGUGAAGGAACGGACAGAGAUAGAACAGAGCUAUGCCAAACAACUCAGGAGUCUUACAAAGAAGUAUGCCAAACGAGGAAGUAAAGAAGAACAAGAAUGCAAAUUUAGCAAUCACGCAUCAUUGCAGGAGAUCCUCAACGAGCUGAACGAUUAUGCCGGCCAGCGGGAGCUCAUCGCUGAAAACAUGAUGAUGGGCAUCUGUGUGGAACUCACCAAAUACCUUCAGGAUCUCAAACAGGAACGCAAAACACACCUGUCUGAUGCCAAGAAAGCCCAGCAGAAUCUAGAGAGCAGCUUUAAACAACUAGAAAGUACUAAGAAGCGUUUUGCAAAGGAGUGGGGAGAGGCCGACAAAGCCACACAACAAGCAGAGAAAACAGAGAGCGACCUGAACGCUACCAGACUGGAUGUUGAAAAGGCCAAACAGCACGCCCAAACCCGCACAUACACAGCGGAGGAGUGCAGGAACGACUACGCAGCUCAGCUCCAGAAAUACAACAAGGAACAAAACUUCUUCUACUACAAUGAGAUACCACAGAUCUUCAAUAAAAUGCAGGACAUGGACGAGCGGAGGAUUCGGCGGAUGGCAGAGGGCUACUGCCAGUUUUCAGAAAUUGAGAAAAAGGUGCUGCCCAUCAUCUCCAAGUGUUUAGAUGGAAUUUCUGCAUCAGGAGUUAAAAUAAACGAGAAACAGGACUCAAUGCUGUUCAUAGAGCAGCACAAGUCUGGUUUUGAGCGACCUGGAGAUGUGGAGUUUGAAGACUACAGCCAAGGCAUCAAACCAGCGACCUCUGACUCGAGUCUAAACCCACCUAAAGUGCGUGCCAAGCUCUGGCCGUUCAGCAAGAAGCACAAGCCACCUGCUGCAGAAGAUUUCUCUCACCUGCCACCGGAGCAGAGGAAGAAGAGGCUGCAGGCAAAGAUCGAUGACAUCAGCAAAGAUCUGCAGAAGGCCCAGGAUCAAAGUGAAGCUCUGGAGAAGAUGAAGGGUGUGUACGAGCAGAAUCCACAGAUGGGAGACCCCUCCAGUCUGGAGCCUCAGAUCACAGAAACAACCCAGAACAUCGGCCGCCUGAGGGGGGAGCUCACCAAAUAUGAGACGUGGCUGUCAGAGGCAGUGGGAGGAGAGGAAACUGCCAACACAAUCAACAAUAACACUCAACAUGGUGUUGUUGCAGCCACACAGAACAUCUACACAGAGUUCGAAGAUGAGUUCGAUGACGUAGAAACCCCUAUUGGCCAGUGCGCGGCUCUCUACACCUUUGAAGGCAACAGCGAGGGCACGAUUUCCAUUACAGAGGGAGAGAUGUUGAGUAUAAUGGAGGAGGAUAAAGGAGAUGGAUGGAUGAGGGUCCUUAGAGGCUCUGGGGAAGAGGGCUAUAUACCUUCGUCCUAUGUCAAACCGGCACAGUAACACACAUACACACACACAGAUUGAGUUUGUGGUGGAAAGUUAAGAGCCAGAGGUGAUUACAAAGUCAUCCAUGAUAAUUGGAGCUUUUCUCUACAUCUUUUAUCACAGCCAGUGACGUGUUGGUGAGAUGAAAGUGAGUGAUUAUAAAGCUUGUUAUCAGGGCUGAUUGCAAUUAUCCUACACUCUUGUUUCUGCUCGCUGCAGCAGCAGAGGCGGCCUCUAAAUGCAGGUUGUAAAUCCUCUCUGAUCUUACUAGAUUCCAGCUCUUUAAAAACAAACUUUUGAAUGUAUGCCUGAACUUCCCGUCGCAGCGUUAAGUGACGACUCAUGUAUCUUAUUCAGCUUCAUAGUAGCCGAAAGCUACAUUUUUAUGUUGAUAUAUCCAUUCACUUGACUUUCCCGUUGCCACUUGUAAUAACCUGCUGAACUUUUUCUGUUUGUAACACAAACCUUCUGCUAAAACCUUCUCUGGACAGGAUAAUGUGAGGCUUUUUUUUUUUAUUAUGAAGAGGUGAUGUUUGACUUAUAACUGGAUAAAGACCACUACUAUACAGGGUUUGUGACGCAUUUAAGAUCCUUCAAUAGACUGACAUGGUUAAUGAUAGGUUCACUUUUUUUGUGUCCUACAUCCCCAGUGCUUUUCAGUUGCUAUGAGGUCCCUCAACAAAGACAAUCACAAAAGGCGUGAUAAUAUUGUAAAGCAGCAUGGUAUCAUGGGAGUUGUAGUCUUAAUUGUUAAAUUGUUCAACUACUAUUGAAACUGAAAACCUAUUUUACAUGACUACAGCAAAAACCCUGUUUACGGACAAGGUAACCUUAUUAAGUUUUAUUCAUGUUACACUAAGCAAAGUUAUGUAAUUUCAUUCUAAUAAAAUAGUUGCAAGUAAUGCUAGCAGCAGUAAAAGUUUCCAAGCUUCCUUGCUCAUUUUUAAUAUUUCUGUGGUCACCCUCUUCAUUGUUCUAACCUAGAAAAGACAUUAUUCAAAAUUUAAGUGUGGAUAUCCAGAGGUUCAGUUUAUUGACCCAAGUUAGCAGCACCCACCUGACAAUCAAAGAGGCCAAUAAUGCGUACAUUUAGAACUUAUUAUAAAUUGAGUUGUGUAAUAGAAACACUCAACCCUUGAACAGUCCUCAUGUUGGCCAAAUUUAUCUAAAGAGAAAAAAAGGUGACAUUGUUUACAUACAUGUGUAUUUCCACUGUAGUAUUGGAAUUUUUUAAUAUAGGGUCUAUAUGAAUUGACUUGCUUUUGGAGCCUCAAGUGUCCAUUUAAGAAACUGCAGGUUUUUGCAACCUACUUGCCAGCUUUAUCGGCUUCAACCAGGGCUGUCGCAAUAUCCUGGUGUUGACAAUAACUGUCAUUUGAAAAAACAAUAAAAAACAAAUAUUAGCAUUGUGUUAAAAAUAAGCAUGCAGAAAUGCUGUGUAACUAAUUGGUUCAUAGUAAGGGGUAGUAGGGGUUCUUUUUGCUGGUUGCAUCCUGCCAUAAAUCAGAGAGAAGACAAAGAAGCAGCAGCAGAAGAAGAAGAAGAAGACUCAGCUACCAGCUAGUUAGCUAGCUAGCCUUUACCACAGUGUGUGGCUUCAACUGCAGCACAAAUCAUGUAGGAGGAGAUGACAGAUGACAGCGGACAGCAAGGUACUCUACCUGCAACUAAAAAAGUUCCCUUGCCAAUUUGGGAGUUUGGAUUUUGUUAAAAAAGGAAAGGUGAAAAAGAAAGACCGGGUGCUUGUGGACAAUAUGUAACUCAGAAUCAGAAGUUUCUGUCACAGAGCUUUUGAUGCCAAUAAGACAUGACUUUGAACCUUAUCAGAAGUGGAUGAUAAAUCAAUCAAUCAGUGAGUCAGUCUUUAUUUAUGAAGCACUAAAUCAUAACAAACAAGACACUCUACUAUGAUUACAUGUGAGGAAGUCAGUUGCCUAUAUUGGUAAAAGUUUUCGGCCAUGAUAAGCCUGAGGGGAAAAUCUGACAUUGUGACAACCCUAAGACAAAUUUCAUAGUACAGCAACUCUAAAAAAUAUCCUACUUCAUAUAAGUGACACAGCUUAUAUGAACAAACACAUAUGCUUUGAAAUAUAUCUUUACACAGAAGGUGAGCUAAGAUUUUCAUCCCCACUCUCAUUUUAGAAAUUGUAGGAACUUUAAAAGGCCUGUAUGAGCGAGAGGACCAUUACCACAUGCAAAACCUCUUCAGUGUAUGAUAAGGAAUAUGUGUGGUUUUUAAGAAGACUUUAAAAAUGUGAAACUAACAUUUAUACUCCAUAUGUCUAAAUACAAUUUUUACUGCAAAAGCAAAAUUUGCACAGAAACUUUAUAGCAGUUUUGUGAAUCUAGGAAGCGAUUCCUGAAAGGAAAAGCACAAUGAACAAAGCUCAACGCAGAGUAAAAUAUAAGACCAUUAUCCAUGCUCUCCUUUCUCAUUGGCGUUGCUUUCAACUUCAUUUAAGUACAUUUUAAAGGAUUGAUUAAACCACCGUGUCAAAAGGUGAAAAUUUCAGUUUUGAGAUUCAGCUCCUCUCCAGUUUUUUGGCAGAGGGAUGUAAAAUAAAUGUUGAAAGCUUUAGGAAUAUGAUGAGUGUUGAAAGAUCUGUGCUAUACAUAUUUAAAGACAUCAAAUACCUUCUUAAAAAAGUUUUUUCUACUAAAAUGUAAGAUUCAAAUUACAAAAAUUACUUCCCCCUUAUGAGUGAUAUAAAACUAUAUAAAUAUCUUUUAUCUCAAAAUGCUGCUUUUCAUUGAACUUUCACUUGAGGGUUCAAGUUUUCCACAUCACACUCCUGUAUAAGAUUAGGAUUUGUAAACGGCUAAAGCUCAUAUUUAAAGGGAACACAGUAACUUUCCUCUCUUUUAAAAACAUCCCCCUACAGCUCAACUCUGCACAAUCCACAAACAUACUGUUACUAGAACAAAUGUAUAAAGGGAAUCUCCCCUUUGAUUAGCCAUAUCUCCUUCUCCACCACUCUGUCCUGCACUUGCAGACGUUUUUCAACAUUUAAGGGUUUUUAUUGUAUGAUGCAUUUUAAAAGCAACUGUGUAUGUAUUGACAUGUAUCAUUUGAGUCAGAGUAAAAAGAAAAAAACUCUU